AUAAAAUUCAGGAGAGCAAAUUUAAAUACUAUGAAUACAAAACUGCUUCUGCAGAACCGGAAGACUACAACGUAAAAAUUCAAAUACCUAAAUAUACCAACAGUAGGCUCGAAGAUUCAGAAAAAGAAGAAACAAACUGUACAAUUUAUGUAAAAGAAUUCGAUUCAGUUAAAACUCUAAACUCUCAUAUACUUAAACUAAAUAAAGAGAAAUCGGAGAUUUUCCAUAAAACCAAACAAAAAGCACAAAAAGUAAAAUUGGAUAAGUACGACUCGUUACCAACAAAGAUUUAUAGAAUUGAUGAUUUCAAUGAUAAUUUUACUACAACAAAUAAUAAGGCUACAUUACCAAAAGAAAUGAUUGCAGCCGAAGAAGAUACAACAGAUCGAUUGUUAUUGGAAAAUGAAGAAUAUUGUGUUAUAACGUUAGAAAAUGAGACUAUAUAUAAUGAGCGACGAACGUCUGUUUCUAAUAGUUUAAUUGAUCCUAUUACAAACGCCGUUGUAGAACAGUUUAUAGAAGAUGAACCACCUGAAGUUUCCACUGAACAAUUUUUAAAAAAUGAUGAAUACUGUGUUAUAACUCAAGAAAGUAAGACUAUGAAUACUGAGUCAAGAACUGCUGUUCCUGAAAUUGUAGUUGAUAGUAAAACAGAGAAUCAAACACCGGUCGAAGGUGAUGCCAUUGUACAACAAUUCACUGAGCAAUUAUUAGAAAAUGAGGAACACUGUCUUAUAAUUCAAGAAAAUAAGACUAUGAAUUCCGAGCUAAGAACUGCUGUUCCUAAAGUUGUAGUUAAUGGUAUUACAGAAGAUCGAACAUCAAUCGAAGGUAAUGCCGUUGUUCAACGAUUCAUAAAAGAUGAACCAUUUGAAGCGUCUACUGAGCUAUUGGUAAAUGAAGAAUACGAUAUUAUAACUCUACAAAAGAAGUCUACAAAUAUUGAGCCAAAAACAAGUGUUCCAGAUAACGUAAUUGAUACAAAUAAAGUGAAUCAAAUAUUGGGCGAAGGUAAUGCCAUUGUACAACAAUUUAUAAAAGUUGAACCACCUGAAGCUUACACUGGGCAAUUAUUGAUGAAUGAAGACUGCUGUUUUGUAAAGUCAAUAAAUGAGAGUAUGAAAUUUGAGCCAAAAACUAUUGUUCCUGAAAGUUCACUUGAUACUAUAGUGGACGAUCAAGCAUCUAUUAAAGUUAAUGCUGUUAUACAAGAACUUAUGGAAGAUGAUUUGCCUGAAAUUUUCAUAGAAAAAUUUUUAGAAAAUGAAGAAUACUGUGUUGCAGCUUCAGAAAAUGAGACUAUAAAAACCACACCGAAUAGUGCUGUUUCUGAAAGCGUAAUUGAUCGCAUUACAAACAAUCAAACAUCGGUUAACGAAAACUUCUUUGCACACAAAUUUGUAAAAGAUGAGCCACCUGAAAUUUCCACAGAGCAGUUAUUAUUAGAAAAAGAAAUAUGUACUGUAAUAGAAAGCCAGAGUAUAAAAAUGGAACAGAGAACAGAUGUUCUUGAAAGUCAGUUUGAUGCGUUUACAAAUGAUCGAACAUCAGUUGAAGGUAUUGCACAAAAAUAUAUUAAAAAUGAAGUAUCUGAUGCAACAACAGAGCAAUUAUUAUUAAACAAUGAAUUAUAUACUAUUACUACACUAGAAAAUAAGAAAGUAGUAACGCAGUCAAAAACUACUGUUCUGAAGAAUUUACCGAAACAAAAUAAUUAUAUUAAAUCUUUAGCUGAAAGCCUAGUUGCUGCCGUUACAGACCCUGCAUCUGACGAUGAGAAAGUACAAAUUACGACCAAAGAAAAAGAAAAAAGUGAUGAUGAGACAAAAAUAAAAAGUAACGUUCGGAAACUAUUGGAUAUUUUAGUGGAUAGAAUUACUUUGACAAAAUUUGGUUGGCCACAAGAAACUGAAGAAUAUGUACUUUGCAGAGUAAUAGAAAAUUGUGGAUAUGAUUUAAGUAAGGAUAAGACAAGCUAUGUUGAUUGUGAUUAUGCAACACGCAUGCGUGGGUAUGUAAAAUUGCUCUUUAGUGUUGUUUUACAUAAUGAUUCCAUAUUGGAACUCUUAAACUAUUAUCCAAUUGAUGAUGUGAUUAAAUUUGUAUUGGAUAAUGAUGAUAACGAUUGAAACAUGCUUAAAUAAAGAUAUUUUUUCAAAACAUUAUCUGUAAAAAAGGUAAUUAUGUAAAUGCAGUGCAUUUAUAGCCGGGUUUUAAUAUCUAAUGUUU